UUCAAUUGAGGAAUUGAAAAUGAAAUACGAAUCACCUGCAUCGGUCUACGAAACACCCAAGAUGUCUAACAAACCUAAAUCACCCAAGAAGUUGAAGAAAUCCAAAGUUAAGCAAAUGGCCUCGAUGUUCAAUACCAAAAUCUCGCAACUCAUCAAACGUGAUUCAGAAGUGGGAAAGUAUGCAGCUUUGGUAAAUGAAUUCUCACCAGAACCUAAGCCACAACCAAAAGCCAGCUUUGAAAAGCCUGUACCCAAACCUAGAACCCGUUUUACCAAGCCAAAGGCACCAGUUCCUAGUCCACGUCUUAAAACAUUAAAUAAAUUUGAGGAGAAGCACUCUGCUUGUUUUGUGGCGGAAGAAGUAUUUGCCAAGUUAUCGGUAAAAGACAAAGCUAAAUUCUAUACACAAUUUGUGGAAGAAAUGUCUCAAAAGAAUCCUCAAUUUGGUAAACAUGAUCAACUAAUUGAAAGUUCAAACAAGAAUAUUGAUCAAGGUGGAGUUAUUGUUGAGAAACAGGCCACCGUUAAAGAAUUACUUAAAGAACUUGAGUUAAAUAAUGGUUUAACUAAACCUAACCCAACUUUACAAAGAAUCAAUUCUAUAAAGAAAGAUUUCGAUGCUUACACAAGAACAACAGUCAAUACUUCUACACCCUUCAAAGCCAAGGAAUUUGAGGAUAUUUUGGAGAAGAACAAUCUAAAAGAAGAAAAAACCAAAUCUUUAUCUAAUUCAAGCAAUUCAAUCUUCCAAAAUCAACAACUAGAAGAUUUGUUCUUUUCGUGGUUCAAGAAGCAACACGAUAAAGAUGAUGGUAUUGAAGAUUUGUCAAAUCAUUCAGAAGUGGAUGAAGAAAAACAAAAAUCCGCCAUUGAUAGACUAUUGGAAGAAGCCAUAGCGAAAUUGGAAAUCAUAGAAGCUGAACAAAACACCCCAGUACCUAUACCUAUGCCACGCAAAAAGAAAUCAUCAUCAUCUUCAACUACAUCCUCUGGUACCGAAGAAAGUGAAUCUGGUUUAUCUUCUCUGCCCAAGAAUACCAGUGAAGACUCACAAGCUGAAAAUCAAACCACUAAAACUGAGAAUUCAGAAAAUGAUUUCGAAUUUGCCAAACCUUUGAAGCCUUUACGCAAAAAGAAAUUGCGUAAAAAUGCCUUGAUGAAGAGUGAAGUCAAUCAAAUCACUUCUACAGAUUCCGAAUCGGAUAGUAAACAAGCUGAAACUAAACAUAAAAAUAAAAAGUUAUUCAUACAACCAGCCCAACAACAAGUCGUAGAAAAGGUGCAACCUGAUUCGGAAGAAAGUCUAGCAGAAUUAGAUGAAUCCUUAAUGAGAGUUGUAAAUUCACCACGCAAAAUUAAAUCGGCCUAUACACUCACAGUUUUGGAUACACCUUUGUCUACACCACGUCCAUCACUAAACACUGUAAAACCACAACUGCCUUGCGAUACCUUAACGGAUCAGGGAUUUGAAACAGCUACUAAUGAUAUUGAAAGUCCAUUCAAGAGAAUUUCUACACCAGAUCUAACAAACUCUCCUAUAACUAGCCUGAAUAGAAGCAAGAACAAUUUUGGCUUUUCAACACCUAUUAAGGCACAAGAACAUCAUACUUUUACCUCCACCGGAACGGGUUCAGCUAAACAAUUAUUCAGUCCCAUUUCUAAACCUUUAAAGAGUCGCCGCAAAUCUUUAUAUGAUGUAGAAUCAAGACGUAACUCUCUAGCCAUGCAGGUUAUCAGAGAAGAUCAACCUUUGGGGGCACAAGAAACCUACAGCCAAACCGAACAGAAAUUCUUUGCCAAUGCUCCCACAAUGGAAAUGUCCCAAGAACCAAGCAACAAACCUGUUCAAAAGACUUCGCAAUUUUGGAUAAAGUGUGGUGAUUUCUCAGUAGCUUUGGAAAUCAACUACAAUGAAGCCGAAAGAUUGCGUCUUUUGUAUGAAAUCUUUAGUCAAACUAGCUGUGAAACCAAGGAUUUGCAUUUCGGCAUAGAUGAUCAGAAAUUUUCGGUACAUGGUCCAAAUGAUAUGGAUAAUACCUCAAAACGCAUGCCUGCUUCUAAAGGUUCUUCACACUAUUGGUUCUCAACCGGCGACUUGGCCAUACCAUUCAGUGGCAAAUACUUAACUCCACAGAAAAUACAACGUCUCUUCCGUGUCAUUAAGGAAACCGUCGAAGAAACUGGCAUUUUACGUUUUGGUGUAGAUGAAGUGGAAUUCUCCAAUGUUCCGGAGUUUUGGUAUCAACCUGCGAAAUUUUCAGUGGAAAGUCAAUACAGCAUGCUGGUGGGUUUACAAUCUGGUGAUAGCAAUGGUUUAGAAGGACGCAGCAAAUAUGCCUGGCCUCACAGCAAACCGGCAAUGAUUAGUGAUUUGGAUGAAUCCGAUAACUAUGAGGAAAUUGAACGAGGACGUUUAUCAUUCUCACCCUUUGGCAGCAAUCACUACGAUUUAGCUUCCUUGGAUAAUGAAGAACUAUCCAUGCCACGCAAUAGCCAAGCCAUGAUGAGCCUAGAAUCAUAUUGUGGUGAAUAUGAAAGUGAACCUUUGGAUCAACUUUUCGACAAUAGUUUUAGUCAAACAUCGGAAAAAUCACAAAAUCUUUCAUUACCUGAAAUGGUGAAUACCGUACAAACGGAACAACAACGUUUGGGUGAUAUACAAGAACAUUUGGCCAACUACACUAAACCCUCCUAUGUGGGUAAGGAUUCUUUGGAUACUAUCAAGGGUACACCAGAAUAUGUGGAACAACUUAAGGACAUUGUUACGGAUAUCAGCAAUAUUGGCAAUACUGACAAUUUUAAGUCGUGCUCUAUACAAGAAUUGGAAAGUUAUAUGCAUUUCUUAAGCCGUUAUGCUGAAAUCUGUUUAAGCAAAUGCUCUAAACAUAUGGAUACAGUUUUAAAUGCUUUGGAUGAUUAUAAAGCUGUAGUAGUUUAAGUAAAAUUAUUUUAAAUUAGUUCUUAAGUAUUUUAUUGUA